AUGGUAUUUCUUUCUGAAACAAAGUUAUCUUCCGAAGCUUCUACAACCAGAGUUGAUCAAUUUGGUUUUGAAAAUUCCUGUGUGGUUAGUUCAAUAGGCAGAAGUGGUGGUUUAUGGUUACUUUGGAGGAAUUCCAUCAAUCUUGAAGUGAUUUCUUCUUCCCCCAAUCUCAUUCAUGUCGUUAUCCAUAACGAUGGACCAAGACAAUCCUGGCAUCUUUUUUGCAUCUACGGUCCACCGAGAUUAUCUGAUAGGGCUUCUUUUUGGGAGAAUAUAUCUUCUCAGGUUCAGGAUUUUAAUGGCAGUAAGUGUUUUAUAGGAGAUUUCAAUGCAAUCACGUCUAGUCAGGAUAAAUAUGGAGGUCUGCAUGUGAUCGAAUCAACUAUCUCUUAUUUCAAUUCAUUCAUUCAUCAAAAUCAUUUAAUUGAUUUAGGCUUUAGUGGUCCGGCUUACACAUGGAGCAAUGGUCGUAAUCUGGAUGCUUUAAUUCGACAACGUCUUGACAUGGUAAUGGCUUAUCCAGAAUGGUGUAUUUCUCAUCACAUUUCGGGUGUUCUUCAUCUUCCUAGAUUAGCAAGUGAUCAUGCACCAAUACUUUUAAACACUGAAAGAAGUAUUCCCACAGCUGCACCACAUUACAAAUUUGAAGCAUAUUGGAUCUCGCACCCAGAUUUUUUGGAGAAAGUUGAGGAGUGUUGGUCUCAAAAUCCUGAAGAUACCUUACAAGAUAAACUUCAGAAGUUAAGUUCCUUCUUACAAAAUUGGAGUAGAACAAAGAUUGGAUGUGUACGACAUCAUAUUAGUUUUCAUUUGAAUGAGUAUUUGGUUAUGGAAGCCACGUACUGGGAUCAAAGGAUGAAGCAAAAGUGGGCUAAAUAUGGAGACAGAAAUACACGCCAUUUUCACUUGCAACCAGAUGUUGAAGCAGUACCAAAGUUAAGGGAUGAUAAAAUACAGAAAAUAUCUCAACAGGAAAAUGAAGAUAUUGCAAAAAUUCCUACGGCGGAAGAAAUAUGGGUUGUACUUGUCAAAAUGGGAUUGUAUACUUCCCCUGGUCCAGAUGGAUACUCUCCAAUCUUCUAUAAAAAGUGUUGGUCUACUGUAUUAAAUGAUGUUGUCAAUUUAAUAAAAUCCAUCUUUCAGUAUGUUGAGUUUCCUGAGUUAUUCAAUCAUACACAUAUUUCUAUGAUUCCAAAAAUCAAAAAUCCAACAAGUCCGAGUGAUUACAGGCCAAUUGCACUCUGCAAUGUGCUGUAUAAAGUGGUAGGGAAGUUACUUUCCAACAGAAUCAAGCCUUUUCUUGAUAACUUCAUUUCUUGGUCUCAAACUGCAUUCGUUCCGGGAAGACAAAUUCUCGACAACAUAGUUAUUGCAAAAGAGCUUCUUCAUUCCAUGAAUAAUUCCACAGCCACGGAUGGUCAUUUUGCUCUAAAAGUGGACAUGGCAAAAGCUUAUGAUCGGGUAAAUUGGAAGUUUUUGGCUGAUAUGCUAAUAUUGAUGGGGAUUCAUGGUCAUUCUCUUUCACUUAUCAUGAAGUGUGGAUUGUCGAUUUUAAUGAACCAAUAUGAACAACAAGGGCUCUAUCAGGGUUACCAGAUCAACAGAUAUGCUCUAAUGGUAACACAUUUGAUGUUUGCAGAUGAUCUUUUCUUUUUUGGUGAAAAUUCUAGAAUCAACAUUAUGCACCUGAAAGAAAUCCUUAAGCAGUAUUCUGAUUUAUCUGGGAAAUUAAUCAACUUCAAUAAGUCUGCAAUUCAUUUCAGUAAAGGAAAUUCGAAAUUUAGAGACAACAGUUUGGUGUUGAAGAAAUGA